CACCCCAGAACCUGCUGGACGGGGGCGAGGACGGACGCACCCGAUGAACAGAUUCUGGACGACCCCCGGCCGGCUCUCCCUUCUGGCCGCUCUGGUCGCGCGGCCCGUUCAGGCCCAGCCCCUGGCCCAGCGGAAGCCCUGGCUGGUGGGGCUGGGGGCCGCGCUGGCCUGCCUCUUCCUCCUCUUCGUCCUCGCCCUGGCCCACGCCAUCUGGUGCCGCGGGUCCCGCGACAGUGACCAAGAGAAGGAAGAGGAGACUGUGAGAAAGGAGGAGAAGGAGGAAGAGGACGACUGGGGGCUGGAGCUGGAGGAGAAAAGAGGAGCCUGCGGACCAUGAAAGAGCGGCGAGCUUCUCCACCUGAAGGCUUCUCGCCCCGCCUCCUCCAGGCAGCCCCCAGGGAUGCCCCAAUGCCUCCUCCACACCCUAUAAGCAAAGACCUGGUCCUGGGGCUGGGGAAGUGCCUCCAUCUGGGAUUCGGGGUAAAGUGUCCCUGGAUGAAGGGGGCUCAGGACCCGCCCCGAGUCCCUCUUGGAAGUCUCUUUGCACAUUACCUGGUCGUUACAUCCCUCUUCCCGGGCUUGGUCCCCACCUGAUCAUUCUUCUCCAGCUUGGAGGGCACCCCUGGACAAGGAGCUCCCUCUAUCUCUGGGACUCCCCACUGUCUCAUCUCUCUACCCACAUUGCCUCGCAGACAUCUUUUUUUACCCGCUGCCUGAUUUCUUUUCCCAGCUCUGAUUUCUAAGAGCGAAGAAAUGGGGAGAGCGAAGGUGGGGAGACACCGUGCAGACGGUUCUGCCUGUCUUUGCAGGCCCCGGGCCACUCCCCCGCGCCUCCUGCAAUCUUGUUUCUGCUGCCCCUGAACGUGAACUGGGACCUGGCUUCCUGGGAGACGACGGCCCCUCCCACCACGUGCUGAGUUUUGGAGCACUGUCUUGAAGCUGCGACUCCCAGGGGCUGGGGUGCGGGCGCCGAGGGUGUGGGGUGGUGAGGGUGCACAGCAUCGUCACCCCCUCUUCCCGUCCUGCCUUCCUGGAGGCGGCUCCACGGAGAAGGAGCUGGAGUCCCAACUUCCUUGCUGUGUGGCCCCAGGCAAGUAACUUAACCUCUCUGUGCCUAAGUGUCCUGUCCUAUAAAAGGGGAGGAUAAUAAACAGAUCCUUCGUAAAUUGUCA